AUGGUCAAGAGCAUGGCUCGACCGGAUAAAGCGGCUACGGCGCCGCUCUCCACUAACGCCGCCGCUAGUGACCCGAGAGGGGGGCCAGCGGCGGCCCAGGCCCCCUCGCGGGUGGACGGCGACUACGGCGCGGACCAGAUCACGGUGCUGGAGGGCCUGGAGCCCGUGCGCAAGAGACCCGGCAUGUACAUCGGCUCCACGGGGCCCAAGGGGCUUCACCACCUGGUGUUCGAGGUGGUGGACAACGCCAUCGACGAGGCCUUGGCGGGGUACUGCGACACGGUGUACGUUACCCUGGAGGAAGACGGCAGCUGUACGGUCAGGGAUAACGGCCGCGGCAUUCCGUGCGACAUCCACCCGCGCACGAAGAAGAGCGCCCUCGAGACCGUCUUGACCGUGCUCCAUGCCGGCGGGAAGUUCGGCGGGGACGAGAGCGGUUACAAGGUGUCCGGGGGUCUGCACGGCGUCGGCGUUUCGGUGGUGAAUGCCCUAAGCCAGUGGGCGGAGGUAGAAGUAGUGCGGGGGGGAAAGCGGCACUCACUUUCGUUCGAGAGGGGGAAAACUCAGGGCGACCUGUUCACGGCGGACGCGGGGGCGGAGGAGGCCGGGGGCACCGCAGUUCGGUUCCUGCCGGACCCGGAGAUUUUCAAGACGACGACGGAGUUCGAGUUUGAGCGGCUUUCCGGUCGGAUGGACGAGCUGGCCUACCUCAACGCGGGUGUCAGUAUCGUCAUGGCAGACGCGAGGAGCGGCGUCGAUGAGGACGGCAAUUUCAAGAAGACCGAGACGUACUUGCACAAGGGGGGCGUGCAGGAAUUCGUAGAGCUCAUGUGCAAGGAGAAACAGCACCUUCACCCGGACAUGAAGGUUAUCCGUGCCCUGGGAGAGCGCGAUGGGGUGCAGGUGGAGGCGUGCCUGUCAUGGAGCAGCGACAUGUACACGGACUCCCUCGUGUCCUUCGCCAACGGCAUCAGGACCGGUGACGGCGGCACACACCUGGAGGGCCUCAAGUCCAUCGUCACCAGGACGGUGAACAGCAUGGGCAGAAAGAGCGGCAAGCUGAAGGACUCACAAAGCAACCUCGGCGGGGACUUCGUCCGAGAGGGCCUGACGGCGGUGGUUAGCGUCAAGGUGCCGGAGCCGGAGUUCGAAGGGCAGACGAAGAACAGGCUGGGCAACCCGGAAGUCAGGGGCAUCGUCGAUUCAAUCGUCGGCGAGGAGCUGGUCAAGUUGUUCGAGUGGCACCCCAAGAUCCUUGGUGCGAUUUUGGAUAAGGCCUCGUCGGCGCAGGCUGCAGCCGCCGCUGCGAAGGCGGCGAGAGAUAUGGUCCGACGCAAGUCUUUGCUAACGAGCACCGUGCUGCCGGGGAAGCUCGCAGACUGUGCCUCGCGAGAUCCUGUGGAGAGCGAGAUUUAUAUCGUGGAGGGGGACUCCGCGGCGGGCAGCGCUAAGCAGGGACGGGAUCGCCGGACGCAGGCGAUCCUUCCUCUUCGUGGCAAGAUUCUCAACAUCGAGAAGUGCGCCUCGGAGAGGAUCUACCAGAACAACGAGCUGCAGGCUCUUAUUUCGGCCUUGGGGCUAGGAAUCAAGGGCAAUGAGUUCGAUGCUUCCAGCCUCAGGUACCACCGCAUCGUGGUUAUGACAGACGCGGACGUCGACGGCUCUCACAUCAGGAUCCUGCUGCUGACGUUCUUCUUCCGAUAUCAGAGAUCGCUGAUCGAGAACGGGUUCGUGUUCAUCGCGUGCCCACCUCUGUACAAGAUCAAGCAGGGAAAGACGGAAAAAUACGUCUACACGCAGGAGGAGUGUGACAGCGCCGUUAGCGAGCUGCCGGCCUCUCCAGCGGUCCAGCUCCAGCGUUUCAAGGGCCUGGGAGAGAUGAUGCCGCAGCAGCUGUGGGACACCACCAUGGACCCCGCCAGGCGGACUCUGAAGCUAGUGACGGUGGAGGACGCGGCCGCGGCAGACCGGAUUUUCUCUGUCCUGAUGGGAGAUAACGUGGGCCCAAGGAAGGAGUUCAUCAACGAGCACGCCAACAACCUCAAGCUCGAUGACCUUGACUUCUAG